AUGGCGAAGCGAGUGCUGAGGAAGAUUGAUCGCACAAUCAUCCCGCUACUGUUCGUCACGUACAUGUUCAACUUUAUGGACAAGGUCAUCCUAUCCAGUGCUGCCGUGUUUGGCCUGCGCGACGACAAUAACCUCCAAGGACAGCAGUACAGCUGGCUGGGCAGCGCCUUUUACUUUGGCUACCUCAUCUGGGAGUAUCCCACGACGAUUCUCAUCGCUCGUCUGCCUACUGCCAAGUACCUUGCCGGCAACACGGUCUUUUGGGGCGUGGCCGUGGCCAUGACGGCCGCUUGCACCAACUUUGCGGGACUCGUGACUGUGCGCUUCAUGCUCGGUGUCGCAGAGGCCACCAUCACGCCGGCUUUCAUGUUCCUGACAUCGACCUGGUACACGCGUGACGAGAUGCCCUUUCGCCUGGGCAUCUGGUUCGCAGGCAACUCUGUGGGCGGACUGCUCUCCAGUUUGUUGGCCUAUGGCGUGGGCCACAUUGACGACCACGUCGGACCUUGGCGAUGGAUGUAUAUCAUCCUCGGUGUCGGCACGUUCCUCUGGUCCAUCCCAAUCUUCAUCUGGCUGCCCGACUCCAUCACCAAGGCGCGUUUCCUCAACGAGGAGGAGCGCCAGUUCGCGGCUGAUCGUGUCGUCGUCGCCGGCACGGGCAUCACGGAAAACAGCAAGUGGAAGCUCGAGCAGGUCAAAGAGUGCUUUAUGGAUCCCAAGACCUACCUCAUCCUCAGCAUCGAGCUGCUCUCGCAGAUCCCCAACGGCGGCUCGCAGUCGUUCAGCAACAUUGUCGUCAAGUCGUUUGGCUUCACCUCGCUACAGAGCACCCUCAUCAACAUCCCCUACUCCAUCCUGACAGCGAGCAUCAUCGCCGGCACAGGCUGGCUCGCCGGGCGCUUCCGAAAGGCCAACACGCUGCUCAUCAUCGCCGUCGUCCUCCCCUGCGUCACCGGCGCCGCCAUGAUCUACAACAGAGACCACAUCUCCCACGGCGUCCAGCUCUUCGCCUACUUCCUCCUCGCCCCGGGCCCGGCUGCCAUGCCUCUCAACAUGUCCCUCGUGCAGGCCAACUACCGCGGCGUCACCAAGAAGAUGACCAUGACCGCCAUGAUCUUCAUCAUGUACUGCACGGGCAACAUUGCCGGACCGCACCUGUUCCGCCAGUACGAGGCGCCCACCUACCAGACGGCCUUUCAGACCAUCAUGAUCUGCUACGCGCUCGUCAUCGUCAUGGUCCUGAUGCUCCGGGGCUACCUCAUCUGGCUGAACAAGAAGCGCGCUGCUGUGGAGGGCUUUGUUGGCAGCGCGGGCGCGGCGGGUGCGGUGGGUGACGGCAAAGUUAUCGGAGAAGAUGUGAGGAAUGUCCAGCAAGUGGUCGAGGAGGUGCAGCUAAGGCCGGAGGACUACGAGGACGUGACGGAUUGGAAGACGGUUGGCUUUCGCUAUAGGUACUAG